AGUUGAGUUGAGCAGUCUGCUGCCGGCACCGGCCGGGUCUAGUCGAGUGCUGUUACGUGCGUUUACGAAGUGUUCUCGUGAUGUGACGUGUGAGUUUAAGUAUUAAGUAAAUAUAUACUCUAAAUAGAUGGAGAUUAGCGAGUGCGGGAUUAAGACUUACACAGGAUAACAUCCAAUGCAACGCGUAAAUAUGGGGGAACAGCAAGGGCAUUCGACUAUGGGUUCGAGUCCCGAGGCGGGCGUGCCCGACAUGACGGCCAUCUCGGACAUCGACGAGGUGGGCAUCAACCGCAACCUGCAGGUGCGCUACGGCAGGGACCAGAUAUACACGUACACGGGGACCAUCCUGGUGGCGGUGAACCCCUACAAGGACCUCGACAUCUACACCACGGAGCACGUGUUCCGGUACCACGGCCGCAAGAUGGGAGUGCUGGAGCCGCACGUGUUCGCUCUGGCCGAGGCGGCGCACCGGUCGCUGCAGUCGUCCGCGGCCAACCAGUCCUGCGUCAUCUCCGGGGAGAGCGGCGCCGGCAAGACGGAGACCACCAAGUUCAUCCUGCAGUACCUGUGCUCGGUCACCAGCAACGUGAGCACGUGGGUGGAGCAGCAGAUCCUCGAGGCCAACACCAUCCUCGAGGCCUUUGGUAACGCGAAGACUGUGCGGAAUGACAACUCGAGCCGGUUCGGCAAGUUCAUGCAGGUGUGCUUCGACCGGCAGUGGCUGAUCAAGGGCUGUAUCAUCCAGGACUACCUGCUGGAGCAGUCGCGCAUCACGUUCCAGAGCGCCGGGGAGCGCAACUACCACGUGUUCUACCAGCUGGUGGAGGCUGCCAAGAGCAACCACGAGCUGGCCGAGCAGCUGAACCUGCGCCCGGCCGAGAGCUACCAGUACCUGAACCAGUCGGGCUGCAUCAGGAUAGACUGCGUGUGCGACGCCAGGAAGUUCGACUCGCUGCGGCUGGCGUUCGACGUGCUGCGCAUCCCGCCCGAGAUGUGCGACGGCAUCUUCAGCGUGCUGUCCGCCAUCUUGUGGCUGGGCAACAUGAGCUUCGAGGACGUGGACGGCGAGAACUGCCGGCUGACGGGCGAGGACCAGGCCGUGCUGGGCACCGUGGCCAGUCUGCUCGGCCUGCAGAAGGACGACCUGGUGCAGGUGGCGCUGCGGCGGCAGAUCAACGUGCGCGGCAACAUCACCGAGAUACCGCUCAAGCUGCAGGAGGCCAGGGAGAACAGGCACGCCAUGGCGAAGGCUCUCUACUCGCGCACGUUCGCGUGGUUGGUGAACCACAUAAACACGUGCACCAACCCGGGCCAGGACUCCUCCCGCUUCCUGGGCGUCCUAGACAUCUUCGGCUUCGAGAACUUCGCGGUGAACUCGUUCGAGCAGCUGUGCAUCAACUACACCAAUGAGAAGCUGCACAAGUUUUUCAACCACUACGUGUUUGCUCUGGAGCAGGAGAUUUACCGGCAAGAGGAGAUAGAGUUCUCGCACAUCCAGUUCACGGACAACACUCAGUGCCUGGAGCUGGUGGAGCGACCCCCUCGCUGCAUCCUGAAGCUGCUCACCGAGCAGUGCCACAUGCCCAAGGGCUCGGACCUGGCGUACCUCACCAACCUCCACUCGGAGUUCGAGAACCACCCCAAGUACAUGAAGGGCGACGACCGGCGCAAGUGGGAGAAGGAGUUCGGCAUCGAGCACUACGCGGGUUGCGUCACCUACUGCGUGCAAGGGUUCGUAGACAAGAACCGCGACGUGCAGCAGGACGUCUUCUUCGACUUCAUGAGUCGCUCGACCAACGAGUUUGUCCAGGAGAUCACUACGUACCAGGACCUGCUGGGCAGCACAGUGGCCAGGAUGGGCAGCGGCGGCUCGGCGACGGUGUCCCGGGGCACCAGCAAGGGCAAGCCCACGGUGAGCGACACCUUCAGGUACCAGCUGCAGGCCCUCGUUGACGUGCUGCAGGCUACCAACCCGUGGUACGUGCGGUGCAUCAAGCCCAACAUGAAGAAGGCCCCCAACAACUACAACGAGGUGCUGGUGUUGGACCAGCUCAAGUACCUGGGCAUGCUGGACAUCAUCAGGAUACGCAAGGAGGGCUACCCCGUCCACAUGGCCUUCCCGGAGUUUGUGCAGCGCUACCGCUGCCUGGCCAAGACCCCGCUGCCCGCCUCCCAGAAGGAUGCCAUCAGGGCGCUGCUGGCGGACCAGGGCCUGCCCGGCCGCGAGUGGCAGGUUGGCAGCACCAAGGUGUUCCUGCGCAGCUGCGUGCACGAGCCCUUGGAGGACGCUCGCGCCCAGGUGGUGCACGCCACGGCCACGCGCCUGCAGGCGUGCUGGCGCGGCUUCGUCCUUCGCCGAGAGUACCUGAAGAUCCACAAGGCAGUGCUGCUGAUCCAGCACGCGCACCGAGGCUGGAGGCAGCGGCUGAGGUUCCUGCAGCAGCAGCGAGCGGCCAUCGUCAUCCAGGCCCACCUGCGAGGCGUGUUCGCGCGCGAGGUGGCGGCGGCACUGCGCGAGAUGCGGCGCGUGGAGGAGGAGAUGAGGAAGCGGGAGAGGCUGGAGGAGGAGCGCAGGCAGCGCGAGGCGGAGCUGGACCGGCAGCAGCAGGAGGUGGACCGGAAGGCGCUCGAGGAAAGCGAGAGGGUGGCCCAGCAGGAGAUUGCAGCCCUCUCACAGAUGGCGGAGCAGCUGAACCCGAAACUCGCGAGCUCAGAGCCGUCCGUCGAUCUCGACAACCUGUUUGCAUUCCUGUCGGAUGUGCAGCCUAAGGGGAACAACAUCAUUGACGAGAUCGGGGAGAAAAUGGAUGAACUCGUUUCCGAUCUUGAUGUUGAGCUGGAGACGGUCAUCCAGCAAGAGGAGGCAGCGCUGUCGGUGAUGCAAGGGCUUCCCCCCGCGCCCCCUUCGAGCCUGGAUCUCCCAGGGUCGAGGCCCGUGGGCCUGGGGCACCCCACCCUGCCCGAGCCCACGGGACCACCGCCCCCUCCGCCCCUGGACGGCAGUGCCACCUCGGAGCCCAUCUACGAGUCCGUGCUGCCGCGGGACGACGAGGCAGAGGAGGGAGGGGGCCUGCCCCCGCCCCCCCUGCCGGCCACCCAACCCCCUCACAAGCCGCGGCCGAGGAGCCCCGGGGUGGACCGCGUGCAGCGCGGGGGUGAGCGGGCGCCCAGCCCCGCGGCGGGCUCCCCCCGCCACAGCCGCCCCAGCUCCCGCACUUCCACCGUGUCCGGGGGCAUCCAGUCGGCGCACUCGUGGCGGUUCACGGGCAGGCCAGACGAGGACCCGGAGCGGGAGCAGCGACGCAAGUUCCGGGUGGAGCGCAAGCUGCAGGAGCUAGAGGAGCAGGACAAGGAGGCCUUGCUGGACGACACCUACCACGACAUCGUCGAGUUCGCCCAGAACUACUUCAACCCCCACGAGCGGUCGCCUGAAGGCACCAUCAUUGCGACGCUGACGAGGAAGAACAAGUGCACAGAGGUGAUGCCCAAGUACGAGAUGGUGACCUACUACCGUGGCUCCAGCAUCCCCAACUCUCACAUACACAUGUACGACCCGGACAACGUCAACGUUGCUUGCUCCAUAUUCAGGGACCUGUGCAAGUACCUGCGUGGGGAGCUGAAGACAGAUGUGGAGCUGACGACAAUCCAGGGCAUCGUGGGGUACGGCAUAGAGCGGGAGGAGCUGCGCGACGAGAUCCUGGUGCAGUGCAUGCGGCAAGCGACCAACAACCCUAGCUCCGAGGCGACGGAGCGUGUGUGGCUGCUGCUGUGCCUGUGCAUCGUGGCCUUCCAGCCCAGCAAGCUCCUGUACAAGUACUUCGUGUGCUUCCUGAGGAAGAACCUGCAGCUGGAGGGCAAGCUGCGGCAGUAUGUGCAGUGGUGCAUGGACAACUGCAAGAACACCAAGGUGUCGUGCCGCCUCUACCCGCCCUCCUCCGUCGAGAUCGCCGCAAUGCGCCGCCUGGGCACCAUCGUGUGCCGGUUCUUCUUCCUGGACGGGCGGACGAAGGCCAUCGACGUGCACCCCACGGACACGGCGAGCGACGCUGCCUACAAGCUGGCGGAGAAGCUGGGGCUGAGGAACCUGGACGGCUGGGCCAUCUACCAGAGCCGGCCCGACGGCGAGGAGCACGUCCGCGCCCACGACUACCUGUACGACGUCAUCGCCGGCUGGGAAAUGAAGCAGUGCAAGCUGGCCACCACCACAUCUGCAUUUGCGACGCUGAGCAGGCGAGGUAACAGCGCCACACUCGGCAGCGGGGAAAACCGCUUCGUGUUUAAGAGGCGGCUGUUCCGCACCACUCGGGAGCUGUCCCAGGACCCCGUCGAGGUCAGCAUGCUGUACGCACAAGCCGUCUACAGCGUCGUCAAGUGUGACGACUUCCCCAUCAGCGAGAAGGUGGCACUGCAGUUGGCGGGCCUGCAGGCUCAGGUGGCGCUCGGCGACCCCAAGGACAAGCUGGACUACUACUCCGACGUGGAGGCGUAUCUCCCCCGCCGGAUCCUGGACGCCCGGCCCGCCGAGCAGUGGAUCCCGACAAUAGCGCAAGCACACAGGCAGUACGGCGUGGGACGCACAGAGCUCACAGCGAAAGUGCUGUACCUGUCGUGCGUGAUGCAGUAUCCCCUCUACGGCACGACCAUGUUCCACGUCACGUACAGAGGAUACUGGUCGUAUGGAAACAGUCUCAUCCUGGGCGUGAACUCGGACGGCCUGAUGCUGAUCAAGCCGGACGACAAGUUUGUGCUGUACGAGUACCGCUACCAGGACGUGGAGUCCAUCUUCCUGGAUCCCAGCGACAGCUUCAUCACCGUGAACCUCAUGCGGCAGCAGCCCGACAGCAACAGCCACAAGUGCUUCGUGUUCGAGACGACGCAGAAGAGCGAGAUUGGCUCGCUGAUCAUCAGCUACUGCCCUGCCCUGGCGGGCUGGAUCACAGAGAACGAGGCUCCCAUCAGGAAGGUGAAGGCCAUCACCAACGAGGACCGGGUCCGGCUCUACCAGAACCUGGUGAACUGCCGGCGGGCGCUGGUGGAGAGCGACAUGCUGCGCAAGCCCCAGGACUCGGGAGGGGGGUUCCUUCGCAACACACUGCGCAGGCUGAGCAAGCACCGGCUGGAGAAGCUGUGGAUGGAGCACGGCCAGACUGCGGAGCACGGGGAGACGUACAAGGGCUUCCCGUACACCUACUGGGCGUUCAGCCGCACGCCGCUCCCGCAGAGCCUGUCCAAGGUGUCGGAGCCGGACGAGCAGGCGGCGCUGCAGGUCUUCCAGCUCAUCCUCUCGUACGCCGGCCUGGGCCAGAACGGGGACACGGUGCGCUCGGUGGAGGACGAGCACGUGAACCUGAUCCAGACGAUAAUGGAGCGCUGCAUGCGCAAGGACGUGCUGCUGACGGAACUGUACCUGCAGCUGGUGAAGCAGACGACGGACCACCCCGACCCCAACUCGCGGGUCAACCUGCGCCACUGGGCCCUGCUGUCGCUCGCCACCUCCGUCAUCCUGCCGCCGGGCAAGCCCGUGCGCCGGUACCUCGCCGCCCACCUCAAGCGCUGCGCCAGCGACUACGUCACGGAGGAGGGCAAGUACGCCAGGUUCGCCGAGAAGUGCCUGCUCAAGACGCAAGGCACCCGUAGAAGACAGUGGCCCCCGUCCAGGGAGGAGAUCAUGUGCACGAUCAACCGGCGGCCAAUCUACGCCAGGUUCCACUUCAUGGACGGCCAGUACCACGCCGUGGAGUUCCACCCGUCCGCCACUGCCAGAGACGUCAUGGAGAUCGUCAAGAAGAAGAUUGGUCUGAGGGAGGGCGCCAUGGGCUAUGCCAUCUACGAGGUGCUGGGUGCGUCGGAGCGCAGCCUGGUGGCGGAGGAGAAGGUGGCGGACGUGAUGUCCAAGUGGGAGCGGUACCGCCUGGCCAACGCGGCGGGGGUGAGCUGCGUGGGGCCGGCCGCCGCCGGCGGCACCACCUCUGUGGUGGUGAGCAAGGCGUGCCGGCGCCAGCAUCACUUCUUCCUCUUCAAGAAGCACCUGUUCCUCGACGAGUACCUGGACCUGGACGACCCGGUGGAGAAGGAGCUUCUGUACCACCAGGUGCUGCACGGCCUGCGCACGGACCGCUUCCCCGUGUCCGAGAAGGAGGCGGUGAUGCUGACGGCGCUGCAGGCCCAGCUGGAGAUGGGCGACUGCGGCGACGUGCUGGAGGACUACCGGCCGGUGGCGAACCACUGCCUGCCCCCCAGGUUCGUGCCGAACAUCCCGCACGAGGGCGUCGCCAUGCACCACCAGAGCCUGCGGGGCAUGACCAUGGCCGAGGCCAAGAAGUCCUUCCUCAACCUCAUACGCAGCUGGCCCCUGCACAAGGCCACUAUAUUCGACGUCAUGCAAUCGUUCACGUCGAACUGGCCGCGCGUGCUGUGGCUGGCCGUGGACCAGGACGGGCUGCACCUGCUGGAGCACCGGUCGCGCAACGCGCUGUGCUCCUACGAGUACGGCAGCGUGCUGAGCUACAGCCCCGCCCUCAACUGCCUCAUGGUCAUCACCGGCAGCGAGAAGAAGCAGAGCAAGGUCAUUCUCACCACCUCGCAGGCGUUCCAGAUAGCAAAUCUGAUCCGAGAGUACACGGAGGUGCUGCAGACGCCUCAGCAGCCGCGCCACGGCCGGGAGGCGGAGGACGUGGUGAGGCGGCACACGGGCCAGCCUCAGAGUCGUCCCACGAGCAUCCUCCACAAACCCAUGCCGCUCAUCGACGGCACGCCCAGCUAAGGACGCUGUGCCUCUCUCAGGGUUGUGCAGCGCGGCCUUCGCUCUUGGCUGCACGAGUGACGAAACCAAAUGUUGUUUCAAAUACGCUAUGUGAUUAAGUUGCGGCUGUGUUCCGCUCCCCCUUCUCAUCAUUUUAUUUUCUGAUUCUGCACUGGUGUACGUUUAUUGGGAGUUCAAGAAUUGGUUCGGUGUCAUGCAGUCACUAUUUUAUUCUAUUUUACGAGGGUUGCAAGCAAACAUAUUUUGCCUUGAUCCAGAUAUGUAAUACAAAAAGAAAAUAAUUUGCAGUUUCUUUCAAACUCAUCUUUUGUGUCGUACUUUAGAAAUGCUGAUAGGCUUCGUAGAGUUGAGGACAUCCCAAACUGUCCAUUUUUCAUGAUAGGCACAUUUAUGUGGUCCUUCAUGUAAGAAUCCUCGUUUGUACCUUGCAGUAUUAUACAUACAAUAGUAGUUGUGGUAGUUGUGGCGUGGGGCAAACAGGGAUAUCUAUUUAACCUGAAAAUGGCUUCUUAGUGUUUGACUUAGAUUACAACAAGAAAUUAUGAUUAAAUGAAAUAUUUGUUGCAAUUCUUGAAAGAUAUUAAAACAUAAAUGUUUGGCUCACAAUUUUUGUUUUCAAAAUCUUGCAAAAAGAAUUAAGUACAUUUUUUUCUCUGAUUAUGUGAAUAAGCAACUUUAAAAAUGCAACAUAAUGUCGGUGUAUAUGUUUACGUAUUUUGUAGAAACAAAAAUUACCUUUCGUGCAGGGUUAAGAACAUGGUGUCAAGCCAUCCAUUGGUACAGUUUUCCAACACACUGAAGGUUUCAAAAUUAUGCAUUGUGACAAAGCUAGUCAAUACUGUUUGAAGAUGAAAAUUUUUGCACUAUCUAACAUAGUACCUCCCUUCAUUAAAGCUAUUGUACAUGUAAAUCAAUGACCUCUGCUGUCUAAUUUUCCAACAAGUGAUAAAGUACAGUGUGUAAGUUGAAAUUUGUAAUUUUCAUCCCACAUGGAAAUGUCUUCCUCGAAUGAUAAACAACCGUAUCCACAUUUUGUAUGUUAAAUUUUGUAAGGGUAUGUAUGAGCAUUGUAUUUUAUUUCUGAGAGUCAUAUUUUGUGACAAAAUACUUUAUAUUAAGUAUUGCCACUUUUUUUGUUUGACUAAAAUUAUUUGUUUUUAUUGGUUUUAUCUGACUUGCUAGUCCUAACACUAUCACUUAAUCACUAAAAAUUUCCAGAAGACUGAGAGACCAUAUGUGACAAUCAUUAACUUUUGAAGACCUUUAUUAUAAUAGGCCUGUGUAAAAAUGAGUCCCCCAACUUUGUGAAUUCCAAACAGUUAUUGAGGUGCAUAAAUGUAACUAACUAUACAAGUGUCAUGCUUUGUUUUUAAUCAGAUGUUGGUUUUGUCUUUCAGAAGUUGGUUUUGUCUAUCAGAAGUUUGGAUUAGUCAUUACUUGUGGAAGGAUAUUUAAUUUUCUUUGUAAUUUUAAAAUUUUUAUCCAAUGUACGUAUUUAUUAAUAUUUUAAUUUUUGUUUUCUAAUUGUAAUUAUGUGUUAAGUAAUUUGUACUCAACAUCAAUGAAAAAAGCCAUUGGUUAUUAUGAUAAAGAUCUAUUUUUUUUUUUAGCUAUACUGAUCAGUGCCACUUAGAUUGCACUCUCAAGAAUAAAAAAAAAAUCAAUAAAUAAAAUAAAUAAAUAAAUAAAAUUCAUUAAACUAAACAUCCUAUAUAACUCUUAAUACCAAGAAAUUUACAUUUGUGAACUUUCUCCUUAGAGAGAAGUAGCUCUGCGUACAAAACAUAUGCAUUCUACUUUGCAGAAAGCUAAAAUUAAAACAAAAAGUAGCAAAGUAUUUUCUAGGGUAUUUCCAACACCUUGGUCAGUAGAAAAAUGUUUCUAAAAUGUUAAUUGUCUUCCAGGCAUCCAGGGCUUGUUAUAGCAGUCAUAAGAAUGGAAACAAAAUUAUAAAUCUUAAUUAAUUGCCAGUUUCAACUAGGUACCUACUGUAAUAGCAACAAUUUUGAUGCAGUGCUGGCAAACCCUUUGUCAAACAUUUAUUUCAGAAUGGUCCUGUAUUUUAGAAAACAAACUUAUUUUAGAUAUUGUUUUCUUCAUGCUACAUCUUUUAACUGUAAAUUUUAAUGAUUUAAUAUAAAAGUAAUUUUUGAAUAAUGAAACAUUUAAAACAGACUUCUAGCUUUUUUUUAUGAACACAUAAAAAAUCUGGUCCUUCAUUAAAAAAAAUUAGCUACUUAUCAGUGCUGUUCAGUGCUCCAUAGUUCAUAGUUCUGCAAAGCAGUUGCCAUUUUCUUGCUGUUUUCACAAUAAACUCCUCAAAUAGACCCUGGAAAUUUUAAACCAUUUAUAAGCUAAACUUAAUGUAUCUGUAUUUCACUUUGGUAUAACAUUCUUUGAUAAAAUUUUUGAAACUGGAAGGUGUUUUGAACUUUAUUCAGUGUAAACUUGUACUACUGAAAUAGGUACUCUGAAUUUAUAUUUCGUGGUUUUUUCAGUCCUUUUAAAACUUAUGACAGUAAUUGCUCUUUUUUUUAAAUAACUUCGAAGCACACCUUGGCAUACUUCUUUUUUCCUUCAACCUCUUGACUUAGCCAUUUCAUCACAGAUUUUUCCCAUAAAUUCAUUACAAGUGUCAACAUUCUUACGAACCAUAGCUUCACGACUUGGACAUUCCCUCCAUUCUACUGCCGUCAUUCACAUGAACAUGUGACCACAUCUUGCAUUUUAUACUACUUGAAUUUUGUGACGAUACUAAGGAGAGUCUUUGUUGCGUGAUAGGAGUCUGAUUGCAAGUGUCAUCCAGGUUGGGAAAACCGACUCUUUUGAAAUACACUAAGCAAUGCAAUGCAUUUGAUUCUAUUAAAUAUGAAAAUUUUACAUUUUCAUAUCUCAGUGAUACCAACUAAUUUUAUAAUGUGAUUUCUUUCAAAAACCUUUACAAUUAUUGGGGUGGAUUUCUUUAAUAACAAAAUCAAAAUCAGUGUCACACAUGGACUGCAGCUAAGUAACUAAUAUUUAUUUUAUUUUAGUCCUUUCAUGUAACAAUUUUUUAUCAUAUGUAAUUAAUGUCUUAAAGAAUGGAUUUUUGCAUAAAACUUGGCACAGCAUGUUGAUAAAUCUUUCAAAUUUGGUAGAUAUAUAUUGUUUGCAAGAAUAUAAUUCUAGCAUAGAAUUCUUUCUCUUUGAUUGCUGUAUCUGUGCACCAGUCCAGAAUUGUUUGACAUCCAAAGAUGAACUUUAUCCUAUAGGUUAAACAAAACAAUUAUCCAUUAUGUAUGAACAAACAUAAAAUAAUUUAUGUUGAAAAGCAAAGAUGUAUAAUUGUUUGUAAUAUGGAUUUAAAAAAAAAAAAAUAUUUUUUUUUUUUGAAGUGUGCAAGAAUUUGCUUUUCAGGUGAUAUGUAGGCUUAGCUGUAUUGAUAUUUAGUUGAGUUAUUGUUUCUGUUUCUAGUAUUGUACCGAAACUUUAACAUAGUGUCAUCUGAAAUAUAUUGGUAUUUAGCUAAUUCAUAUAUAUAUGUCAGUAACAUUCUAUUUGCUUUCUUGAUGAAAGGUGGCCAAGUGAUAUGAUUGGGCCCAAGCACUCGGCUGUAACCGAGGCAGAAAGUGAAUUGUUCGAUACCAAAGAUAUAAAUGUCUUCAUUACAAGCGGACGGAUAGAUUCCCCUCCACUCUCCAUAGAGAGAUUACGAAGGAGACAUGUAGAACUCGGGACAGAAAUUUUGACUUGUCGAGGACAGAAAUUUUGAUUUGUCGAGGCCUGCCUAGUCAUUACGCUAAUCCAGUAUUUAUAGACUGAUAAACGUUUUAACCAGUGUCUACACAUAAGAAGGUGCGGAACUCUUAGAAUGAAUACACAGUGAGCAGAACAUUUUUUAAAGAUCUCUGUGGUUCAUUUUCUGCCCGCAUUGUAUUUGUAGAAUUUUAGUGUUCAUAUAACCAGUGUCAAUGCCAUUGUCCAUGAAUACAGUCUUUCUGCUUGUAAUAAAAUAUGACCAUAUUUUAUUCUGGACAGAAAUGUUACAUGUAUUUCAUUUAAAUAGCACAAUGUAAUAGGCUGUAAAUGACUGACUGAAUAAAAUUGUGUACAAACGAAAUAUUGAUUGUUAAUAAAAAGUUACGAGCAUGAUGGGAACGUUGCUUGCACAGUUUCAGUUGCCGUUUUUUAUUGUCUUUUACGUUCCCUCGCAUUCUCGAUCCUCGCUGAUGUUCAGGUGGUUUUCAAAGUUUAUACCGUAACCAUACUUCGUUAAUGGCCGAGAGUUGUGUGUUUUUAAAUUGUGCUGUGCUACUUGUAAUGUUACACACUUGUUUACAUCGCAGAAUACUUCUGGGGGCUGCUCGCUGCAGAUGUGUGCUUGAUUCCAGCUUCAAUGUUAAAAUACAAAUGGAUGUGAAUUCAUGUAAACUGUAGAAUUAUACAGAAUACUGUGAAAUUUUAAGUAUCUAUGAGAUGAUGUACAUGUAGUUACUAUCAGUUACCACUACCUAAUUUUAACUUAUUUACUUUAUUUUGUGCACCUUCUAUUGUGUUUGUAAGUUUAGCAUAACAUUUCCAUGGGAACCUUAAAUUUUGAUAGAAGGCUGUUAUUUUGAUGAAUACUUAUUAAGAAAUAUUUACUUUUCAUUAUAGUAAUUUUCCUUUGUGUUUGACCUAAGUAUAUGAAACAACUUUUUCAUAGUUCAUAUUUUCAGUUUCAAUAACUGAUAAGGUUGCUUCUUCAUUACAAUGCUGCAGUCACAUCAAAUAUAAUCAAAGUUACCAGAUAAACCAAAAUAUGUGAGAGUCACUCUUAAAAUUCUUGCUAAUUUAUUUUUUUAAUUUUUAUAUUUGGAUAUGGUAGCAUAUUAUAGAAAUAGGGUAGCCGUGUAAAAAUUUUUAUUGCUAAUUUUUUUUUGUACUUCCUUUGUAUAUUUAUUUUUAAAUAAUAUUGCUAGUGGUAAAGAGUUCAAUAACACACUUUAAUAAAAUGUGUCAACAUUUUUACAACUUUUGUGUGUUUGCUAUCAUAAAACUAGAACACUACAUGGAGCAUGAAGAAAAAAACCAAAACAUUUGAAUAAUUACACCCAUAAACAAUUAAACAUUUUUUGUUUAUGUGUUUUUCUAUUCAUUUCUCACAAGAGGAGAACGAAAAUGCAUCCAGCAACGUAUAUAGCAUAGUGCUCUAUAUAUAUAUAUAUAUGUGUGGCCAAGCACUUAUCUGUCCUUUUCAUGUCGGAAACAUUUCACAUUAAAAUUUGGGAUUGAAAUUUUACUCUCAUCGCGUCCAAGGAAGUUUCACUUCAAGAAAAUUAUACGUUUAUAAAUUUAGACUUAGGCCCUACUUAAUGUUCAGGUGCUUUUGUAAUGCCAAAGCUAUAUGUGCUACACUAAAAAUUGUAAGCUGACUCUCACGGUCACAUUUAAAGUGAUCAGUGAGAGGUAAACAAAUUGAGCCUGCGCUGAGCUGAAGUGUUGGCAUCUUGCAGCCAGAAGUUUAUUCUGAGGACAUUGGGAGACAUCUCCAUAAUAUGUGUUUGUAAACUAUAAAGACUGCAGCAUAAGCACAAUGGAGUCUUAUGUGGAGGAACCAAUUUGUAUGUGAAUGCAAACUGUGUGUGUGUGUAUGGGUAAUGUGUACAUAAUUCAGUGGUGCGUUUUCUUUCCUGACUAGAUAAUGUAUAUAAUAUAUUUGCAGCCUUGUUUCAUUUCAUUUUAAAAUGUGUUUUCUGAAGCUUUGCUCACUCUCUUAUUUGUUUUGUAGCUGUUUCUGGGUGCUUCAUUGCAAAGCUUCAGUUGUCUGUGAUGUGAAACAAAAAUGUUGAACCUUGGUGCAUUUGAAGUGUAUGAUAGGCAGAGAGAGAAAUAUGUGAGACACCCAGUUUGUAACAGUUUAUAUAAAAGUAUAUGAGAAUGUAUGUUUUAUGAAAUUAUACUAUUGAUCUUAUUUCUAUUUAUAAAUAAAUACUCAUUUAUGCAACUGAAA